AUGUGUGCCGUUUGGAAUGGGUGGCCGGCUUCAAACGGUGAAGUCACUGUGAUAAUCACAUGUUCUGAUGCCCGCUGGCAAGGGGUCUUUUUUAGGAAGGCUUACUCGGUGCCAGAACAAUGCGGCAAAAAUCCGGCGGAACACUAUCAAGGGGAGGAUUGGGAGAAAGAAUACGCUUUGCCCGAUGGCUCUACCGCAGAGGGCAGAGGCGACGACAAGAUCCCAAAGAAUAAGGAGCAGAAGAGAGUACACUGGGAAGAAGAUGACCGGCUGGUGACUGUGCAUACUCUGCCAAGCCAAAGCAGUUCCCCCAUGAAAGUGGUGCCAGAAAGCCACCAAAAAGAAGACCAGCAUGAAGGCAAGUUCUUUUUCAUGUUUCAUGGGGACCUCAACGCGAAGCAUUAG